AACACGAUACAUUAUAAUAAAUUAUAAUACAAUAAUUAUGAUAUAAAAUAAUGCAAUUAAAUAUAACAAUUAUGUCAAAGGAUAUUCCUUUCGUGGUGAAAUAUAAUAAAGUUGCAAAUGAAUUUACCCAAAGCAGACUCCAUGUUCGUCAAUCGAAUGCGCUUUCCUCUUAUCCAGUAUUGACCUUAAAUAUCAUUAUAUCAUGUUUAUAUUUAGACAGUUUGAGCAAGGUUUUAAAGCUAUGUUAGGGAAAACACACAUUUCGGUUGACAGGAUGGUUACUAUAGAAGAAAGAUACGUGGCGUCCAUGGUUCUCAGUGGUACAGGAGAUGCUCUAGGCUACAAAAACGGCAACUGGGAGUUCUGUCAUUCCGGGGAGGAAAUCCACCAGGAACUGGAGAAACUCGGGGGUCUUGAUAAUAUAUCGGUGAACCCCAAAAACUGGAUGGUAAGCGAUGAUACGGUGAUGCACCUCGCCACAGCUGACGGGCUGGUGACAGGUAAAUCAGGCGAUCAAUUGUUUCUUGAGAUUGCUGCCCAGUACAUCGAAUGUUUCGAUCACAUGACCGGACGGGCACCAGGGUUCACGUGUGGAGACGGUGUAAGAUGUUUAAUACCACAGAGAGGUAAGGGAUAUAGAAUUCCCUUCAACCCUCGAGGCGGGGGAUGCGGUGCAGCAAUGAGAGCCAUGUGUAUAGGGCUUCUCUACCCUCGGCCUGAAGACAUACACAAACUGAUUGAGGUGAGCGUCGAGUCCGGUCGGAUGACACAUAACCAUCCCACAGGAUACCUAGGUGCUCUGGCUUCUGCUCUCUUCACUGCUUAUAGUGUUCAAUCAAAGCCAAUUAAAGAAUGGGGAAAAGGUCUCCUUGAUACUCUACCGAAUGCUUGGAAGUAUGUAGAGAAAACAGGUGUCAAUGUUGAACAAAAUAAAGAACACUGGGACUAUUUUACAGAUCGUUGGGUUGAGUAUCUAAAAACAAGAAAUAUUGAGGAUGGAACAUCUGAACCAACAUUUCCAGAGAAGUACGGAAUAAGAGAGCGAGAUGCAUUCUACAAGUCGCUCAGCUUCAGUGGCUGGGGAGGAGCGAGCGGGCACGACGCGCCGAUGAUCGCCUAUGACGCUCUUCUCAGUUGCAAUGGCACGUGGAAUGAGCUAUGUAGUCGUGCUAUGUUUCAUGGCGGUGACAGUGACAGUACCGGUGUUAUAGCCGGCGCCUGCUACGGGGCGAUGUUCGGAUUCGAAAAUGUUCCAGAGCGAAAUUACCAGCGACUAGAAUACAAGGAACGACUUAAGACAAUUGCACAAAAACUCCUGAAACUCAGCCACCCUGAAGACUAUAAAGAUACAUCCGUUGGCGAUAUUGAGGAGUGCAGCACACAGGAUGAACUCCCCGAUUCAAAACCUCUUAGUGACGAGACAGUAGAGGAACAACUGCAGAAAUGUCCUGAUAAGGGAAACCUAAAUAGGGAGGAGGGGAGCUCUGGUAUCAAAAGAAAAAGCGAGAAGGUUCAAGACACGACACAGCAAGAAAUGGGCGCUAAAGCACAGAAGCCAGGAGAAACAAUGGACUCCGUACCUGAAAGGUAUCAGGCGUGUAUGGUGCUAAGUGGCGCCGGCGAUGCCCUGGGCUACAAGAAUGGUGACUGGGAGUUUUGUCACCAUGGGGAGGAGAUUCAUUGGCAACUUCAAGAGCUCGGAGGCCUGGAGAAUAUUCAGGUGGACACAGAAGAGUGGAUAGUUAGCGACGAUACCGUUAUGCAUAUCGCUACCGCAGAAGGGAUCGUGCAGGUGCAGGGUAGAACUGGGGACGCAUUGUACCGGGCGAUCGCAGCCAAGUACAAGGAGUGUGUUGAGGACAUGGCAGGGCGAGCACCUGGAGCCACGUGUGUCGGAAACGCUCUGAAGUUAGAACCAGAGAUGGAAAAUGGCUACAGGAUCCCAUUUAACCGCCAUGGUGGCGGGUGUGGUGCCGCCAUGAGGGCGAUGUGUAUUGGUCUUAUGUACCCGCGCACAGAGGAUCUUAACAAACUGAUCGAAGUGAGUAUCGAGAGUGGACGGAUGACACAUAACCACCCAACCGGUUACCUUGGAGCUCUGGCUUCUGCUUUGUUUACAUCAUAUAGUCUGCAGAUGAAACCAGUUAAGGAAUGGGGAAAAGGUUUGAUAGAAACACUUCCGGCUGCCUGGAAAUAUAUAGAAGACACAGGUUUAGAUCUUGAUCAAAACAAAAAGCACUGGGGUUAUUUUACGGAGCGUUGGGUCGAAUAUCUUAAGGUAAGAAAAAUAGAGGACGGAGAAUCCGUGCCAAGCUUUCCUCAGAAGUACGGUGUAAACGAGCGGGAUGCUUUUUACAAAGCAUGCGCCUUUCGUGGCAAGGGCGGAUCAAGCGGCCAUGACGCUCCUAUGAUCGUGCUAGACGCAUUCCUUGGUUAUGACGGGACAUGGAUUGACCUUUGUAAUAGAGCUAUGUUCCACGGCGGGGACAACGACAGCACCGGUGUUAUAGCAGGGGCCUGUUACGGGGCAAUGCACGGCUUCAAGGGUGUACCAAAGGGCAACUACGAGAAUCUCGAAUACAGGGAGCGACUUGAGAAACUUGCAUUGAAUCUUUUGAAACUCAGCCAUCCAGAGGAAUAUACAGAUUUGUAAACAUGUUGAUGGUCCGAAUGCAGCCAAUGUAAAUACACGUAAAUUAAAGCUUUUCAUGUGUGUAAAAGGUGUUAAAACACCGGGUCGAUUGUUCAGAAUGUUGUUCAAGCUGCACUCUCACAGAUUGACCGUUUUGACCAAAAAAAAAAAAAAAUGUAUUGAAAUAAGCCAAUUUUCACGUGAAUGUCUGGAAACUCAGCAGUGAUACAAGACUUCUGACAAAAGAUCAGAUCGCAUUUUUUCCUUGACUUUCGAAAAUUGAUAUUAAUGGGUAAAAGUGUUACAAAAGCUUUAAGAAAAAUUAGAUUUCCAAACAAAAGUUCAUAGUGUAAUGUUCGGUUAUGAUGUUCGUUUAGUGGAUGUCUGGUGCCAGUGAGGAUAUGUAUAUUUUAGAUCGAAUGAUAAACUAUUUAUUCGGAUACAUGCACCGUUGUAACAUCUGACAAAAGAACUACAAAAAAGUAAAAAAAAAAGUACAAUUAAUGUAAUAAAAAUCUGGUUGAAGUGGGGAGCGAUUCCACGCCGGUACAGUGAAGAAAAACAUAAAAAAUCUCACACUAAAACCGCUCGCCCACAAUGACUCAUACAAUAAUGGAUAACUUAUCCUUUAAGCCUUUUAUUGAAGCCCGUUUCUAACGCCGGGCUAUGCAAAUCGUGGACUUCAAAGACACUAUUUGAGCAACAUUUGUUGAAGGCAUGAUUCCAGCCAUCAGUAUGUUAGUUUUAACACUUCCAAUGAUUUACCACACUUUAUUUCGUCAUAAAAACGUGCAUUUAUAAUAAGUAAAGUCAGUUUAAGUCUUCAUAGACGUUAUCUUCACAUUUACUAUUUACAAUUUGUUGAUAUGUAUGACCGCUCGUUGUCUUGUGACGCUGUAUGACCGCUCGUUGUCUUGUGACGCUGUAUGACCGCUCGUUGUCUUGUGACGCUGUAUGACCGCUCGUUGUCUUGUGACGCUGUAUGACCGCUCGUUGUCUUGUGACGCUGUAUGACUGCUUUGCCUUUAUCCUUAUAAUGCUACUGGGUUUAUCAUUGUUUUAUAAAUAAUCGUGUUAUAAAAACAAAAUGUUUAUUGUAUCAUGACAUGUUGUAAUACGUGAAUUAUUUUGCUUAAUUCAUGUUCAAUUUGCAAUUCGGUUUGGAUUUACAUGAAUCAUUUUGCAUUAUAUUUAUAGAACCAUGGAAGAGAACUGUACAUCGAUUAUACCUUAAUUCGCUUUUUAAGUUAUGUCCCUUACACCAAACCACGACACAUCAGUUGGAAUGCCUGGGAAUGGUCUAAAUAUGUACUAAUUUGUAUUGAAUAUAUAUAUAAUAUAGUGAUAUAUUCAUACUUAAUUGGAUUGCGAAUAAAUUUGAUUGUUUGUAGAUUGCACAAGUUCGAAACAAUAAAUCAGUGUGUUUGCUUCA